UUUACGAUAUAACAGAAUCGUUAUGGAUAUACAAGACUUUGAAGAAAUAUUCAAUCAAAUCAAAAUCAAUUUCUGGCUCAUUGGGAUACCUUUUAAUGAGCCAAAACUAACUAUCAGAUAUUUUAUUUUUUUAUUCACAAUAAUAACUGUCGCGUUAGCGGAAUUAGCGUUUUUCUAUUCGAAACUUUCCGUUGAAAAUUUAUUGGAACUAACCCAACUCGCGCCCUGUACCUGCAUCGGCUUGCUUUCAAUUCUCAAAAUAAUAUUCAUCACAAUUAAAAGACAAAAUAUUAUUGAAUUAACCGCGUGUUUGAAACGUUUGUACGAAGAAGUUAUAAACAGUGCUAACAAAUGGGAGUUAAUAAAGAAGGAUAUUAUAUUUCUUAAAUAUUUGGUGAAAUAUUUUUUCAUUUUGAACGCAAUCUUGAUAGCAGUUUACAACUUUUCAUCUCUUAUAUUAAUAUGGUAUAAUUACUAUACUAAGGGUGUUAUCAUUUAUAGUUUACCUUACGCUGUGUUGGUACCAUUUCUAAAAGACUACUUCAAAUAUCAUUAA